AUGCACGCGCCCCCAGGCACUCGCGUGCGAGUCGUAGGUCUCUACGCCCCCUAUUCCGGAGCUAACGGGCAGAACGGCACAGUCGUCUCUUGGGGCAACGGCGGAGGCACAGUGCGGAUCGAGACCGGCUCGCAGGCUGGCACCGUGGUGGAAGUGCAUGACGGGAACGUGCAAAGCCCUGACACUGGUGCCGAUAUGAUGCAAUCGCUGGCUGGUGGCUUCCCGGGUGGCGCCAGGGGCGGCAUCAUGCCCAGUGGUUACUCGGGCGGCUACAUGGGUAGCCAGAUGCCAGGCGGUGCCGGCGCGGUCGGUGGCAGGGCAUUCGCCGGUAUGCCGCCACAGUGCCAGCACGGCCCGAGCUGUAGCAGCAGUGGCGCCGGCGGCGCCGGUCUCUGCGGUGGCAUGUAUCCCAGCAUGCCAGCCCCUGUGCACCAGCAUGGGCUAACACCCGCCUACGCCCGGCAAGCGCCGCACCACGCGCCGAGGGGCGGCGCGGCAUUCGGCGGGCAAGGCAGCAGCGGUGCGCGAGACGCAAAGGCGAGCAACUCGCUCGCCGAGAUUGGCUUCGCGCUGCGGCCGAUCGUCUCGAGCGAGCAGCCAGACCUCUUCCGCGCGCUCGCGGGGCUGCUCGUGACGCAGGACCCGUCCCAGCUCGGCAAGGGCAAGGACGUGCAACAACGGUACGGUCCGUUCGACAACCUCAAGCUCCGCUGCGCCUGGAGGAUCGACCACCCUGCACGGCAGGCGCAGUACCAGGCGGCAGUGAGCGGCGUCGGGGCGGAGAUGGAGAAGCUUCGUAGGACAGGCGUCCAGAACCCGCCGGGCUUGCCUGCGCCGGCGCGCGGCUUCCAGUUCGCGCAGGGCGCAAACGAGAGGCUGCUGCUGCAUGGCACGAGCCCAGAGAGGCUGCUCGACCUCCUCGCCAACGGCCUCAACGAGCGGUUCAGCGGUGUCAACGCGGGCUCCGCCUUUGGCGACGGCAUCUACCUCGCCGAAGACGUCGGCAAGACCGACCAGUACGUGUCUGCCGACCCUCGCUACGACGCAUCGAUGGAGCUGCACAGGCGGCUGUACGGCGGCAACACCGUGCGGCACCCCGGCGACGUCUUCUACGUGCUCGCCUGCCGCGUCGCCCUCGGGCAUUCUGUUCGCACCCAGCAUACGGGAGAAGAUGCGUGCGCAAUGGACGGCGGCCACCCAAUCUUCCCGGUGACGUUCCGCGAGCUUGCGCCCAUCCCGGGCAUCACGCCCACGAUGCACUACCACUCGCUCAUCGCAGAGCUCGGCGGCGCCAUCCAGCGCUACCGCGAGUUUGUCGUCUUCAAGGGCACGUACGUCUACCCCGAGUACCUCCUCGCCUACCAGCGCUACGACGGCAGCGCGCUGUUGCGCACGUGGUAG